CUCUGGUUCCUGUAUUUCAAAACGGCGAUAUUAGCAAACGUGAUUUAUUAAAAAAACAUAUUUUAGUAAGCAAAUAUUCAUUUGCUGUAAAAGUUAACUCCAACAAAUAAUUUAUGGCAACACCCGAAAUUCACCGCGGCUUUUGCCAAAUGCCACAGAUUUGGAAACACUACACGUUCGACGCAUUCAGCAUUGAAAUAGCCAACGCCAUAGCGCCAUUGCUUAUGCUUGUUAAGGCAGUGUCCUAAGUUUCUAACUUCGUAACUAACAAAACACGUCCAUUUUGACGACGAAUCAAACCAGAAGUUGUGGCCAGCAAGAAUGGUCAAAGCAUGUGUGGUUGAGAGAUGGAAUCUACCAGAAAUUGGAUAUGAACAGAACGAGAAAGGCAACGUGACGAAAAUCUACUGCAAACUGUGCAAACAGGUUUAUGCUGACCAAUAUGAAAUUACGGUUCACGGAGCAGUUGUAAAUCAAAUGCGAAAAUGGGUUGAUGGUACUGGAGUCAUAAAAAAAUUCAAUGCAAUAAAACAUUUAGAGAGUUCUGGCCAGCACAGAACUGCUGUACUGCAACUAGGAGAAGCAGCAAAUACCCAGGAUGGCUCUCCAGGCCCAUCCAAAAACACUGUUCCAAUUAAUCGAAGACAGAUAAAGGAAAUACUAAAUGAAGAGCAAAAACAACAGUUAAUCAAAAAAUUUCAGGUUGUGCAUUUCAUGGCGGCAAAUACACUUUCGUUUAGACUCUACCCAACAGUUUGCCAGUUUCUCUCCAAUAAAGAAACAUUUGAUAUCAAUCUUGGAUUAGGUUAUCGUAACGACAAAGCAGCAUCCGAAAUUUUGCAAUAUUUGUCUCAAGCUAUACUGGAAAAGGAUAUUACAGAGCCACUAAAUACUAGAUCUAGAUUAUACUUCAGUAUUUUAUUUGAUGGUUGUUCUAGUGCAAAAAAACCUAAUGAUAAAAAAGAAGUAUUCGUAAUUAAAACUUGCCAAGGUGGUGUGCCAACAUUUGAUGUUUUAUCAAUCGAGGACCUCGAAGAUAUCGACGCUGCUGGUUUUAAAGCGGCCCUGAAUAAAUCUGUACAAAAAGCUGGCUUUACUUUCAUUCGGCAGCAACGAGAAAUUGGAUUGGGGGGAGAUGCGACCGCCACAAAUAAGGCUGUACAUCGUCUUGAAAGAGAAGAUUUAGGCGACCAUGUAGUAAUGGUGUCGUGUCCCUCUCAUAAGGUUGAGAUGGCAAUCCACCAAGCAUUUGAUUCAAGUGCAGCCAGCAAAGAAGCUAAUGAACUUAUGACAAUGGUGUAUGGCCUAUUCAAGAGUUCGUCUCUAAGGUGGAGGCUGUUUAAAAGAACCGCAGCUUUUCUAGGUAUGCCUCAUCUUAGAUUUAAACCUUGUUUUAAUCUAAGUGGUUCAAGCUGGGUUGGCCAUCAGAUCACAGCUAUUGAAACAUUUCUAUUUAACUUACCAACACUGAUAGAAUUUUGUUCAGACCAACUCUCUUCUCCACAUAACAACAUAAUGAAAAAGGACAAAGCCAGGUUGGAAGGAGUGAUGAGAAAAUGCACUUCUUUAAAGAGCAUUAUCAUGCUAGCUGUCAAACACGAUGUGUUAAAUAUGGUUAAGCCAUGCUCUCUUGCAUUAAAAGAUGUAAACUUGCUCAUGCCCUGUACUAUUACAGCAGUUCAAGCAUUUAUGUCAUCUAUUACAUGCUUGAUGGAAAAUCUACAGAACGAUGGUGGAAAAGCUCUUAAUGACAGCUCUGCAUUUCAGUUCCUUCACACAAAUGUUCUUCCCAACAUACAAGAAUCUGAGGAUUCUUCAACAUAUAGUUUUCAUAGUCACAAAUUGAGUGAGUGCACUGGUGGCCUGGAUGCAACCUUACAAGCAGUAUCAGAAGAAUUGCGCACAGUGGCUCAUGAAUUAGUUGAAUCACUAACAAGCAGGCUGCAAAAUCUGACCAAAGAUCCAAUCUUUGUAAACGCAGCAAUGGUGUUAGAUGUGGCAUCUUAUGGAGCAAUGUCAGUACAAGAAAUAAGGAAAGCAUAUUCUGUGGUGGAGGAGAGAUUUCAUCAACCUUUAACCAAUAAUAAGUGUAUUUUUGGAAGAGUGGAGACAGAGAUACGUACAAUACAAAGCCAUCGCAUGCUUUUCCUCAAGCAGUCUUCAAAUGAGGUUGCUUGGCAACAAUUGUUUCGUUUGAAGAAAAAGUUACAAAUUAGUAAUGCUUUGCAAAUUGUUGAAAUUUGUAUGGUGCUUCCUUUUACAAAUGCUAAAGUGGAACAUAUAUUUUCCUCUUUUACUAAAAAACAACGCAGCGAACGCUUAAACAACAAAUCAGAGCUAGCUUUAUUGAGAAUAUGUGGGAAAGAUAGUGGUUAUGAAAAGCAGGACUACUCCCAUGCUGUCAAUCUCUUUCUAACUGCUUUUCCUGAUGGCAAAACCAGGAAAAAGACAAGGAGACUUGAAGGGUAUGAUAUGGCACGGAAGAAAUCUAAGUUAAACCAAGACGAUCAACCAGCAUUACCAGUGGUAAAUAUUAAAGAUGUUUCCACUGGUGAUAUAUCAAGUGAAGCAUGGACCAGUGACAGUGACAAUGAAAAAGAUGUUUAAUUUUAAAACAUAACUUGAACUACAGAAAUGUGAAUACACACGUUUUAUAUUUGUUAGUAAAUAAAAACAAGCUUUCAAGUUUUCAA